UGUCAAGUGAUGUCAAGUGUCAACCUUUGUGACCCCAAUUUAAAAAUUUAUAUUUCCUAAAUUUCGUAGAUAGACCUAUUUUUAAUUUCUAGAAAUAAUAAAAUUGUAAUUUAAUAAUCCGAACAAAAUAUCCUUACAUAAUUGAUAGAGUAAUUGCUAAACCCGUAUUCUAGUUUGACAGAUGUUUAUAACAAAUAACCUUUCGUCAUUGUGAAUAAUCGUUUGUUCUCAAGUGUAGUUAACAAAAAUAAAAUAAACACCGACAAAAUAAGUAUGGCAAAGGAAGAGGAAGACGAUAAUUUACCAGAUAAAGACGCAGCUAAGGAGUUCUACGCAAAGUAUGAACCAAAAGAGAUAAUUGGAAGGGGUAUCAGCUCUACAGUCAGGCGAUGUGUAGAAAAGGAAACGGGGCGUGAAUAUGCUGCCAAGAUUAUAGAUCUCAGUCAGGAGUCCACAGAUGGGGUGGACACUCACACCAUGCGAGAGGCAACUAAACAAGAGAUUAACAUACUUCGAAUGGUGGCUGGACAUCCUUAUAUUAGUGAUUGAAUUACAAGAUGUGUUUGAAUCUGAGACAUUCAUAUUCUUGGUGUUUGAGCUGUGCAAGAAUGGUGAACUUUUUGACUAUCUGACAUCUGUAGUGACACUCUCAGAGAAAAAGACAAGAUAUAUUAUGAGGCAAGUAUUGGAGGGUGUGCGAUACAUACACCGCAAGAGUAUAGUACAUCGUGAUCUGAAACCUGAAAAUAUUUUACUUGACGAUCAGCUUAAUGUGAAAAUCACGGAUUUUGGUUUCGCUAAGGUGCUCAAAGACGGAGAGAAACUGUUUGAGUUGUGUGGCACGCCUGGGUAUUUGGCGCCCGAAACUUUGAAAGCCAAUAUGUUCGAAGACGCACCCGGCUAUGGCAAGGAAGUCGAUGUAUGGGCAUGUGGAGUCAUUAUGUUUACUUUGCUUGUGGGAUGUCCCCCGUUCUGGCAUCGCAAACAGAUGGUUAUGUUACGGAACAUCAUGGAGGGAAAAUACUCUUUCACAAGCCCUGAAUGGGUCGAUAUAUCUGAGGAUCCUAAGAACUUGAUCAGACGGUUUCUGGUCGUCGAUCCGUCUGAAAGGAUUGAAAUCGACGACGCCUUGCUACAUCCGUUCUUCAAUACAGUGCUAUGGGACCAGGACAUGACACCGCUGAAGAAGUCCUACUCGGGCGCCAGCCGCAAAAUGUCCAGGAUCGACGAGUUGGCCAUGGCGAUAAAGGCAAGCGGUUUCAACGCUCGCGCCAAGUUGCGGCUGGCCAUGUUGACGGUGCGGGCGGCGGUGCGCCUGCGCCAUCUGCCGCACACGUCGACGCGCGCCGUGCCGCUGUGCGACGCGUUACGCGACCCGUACACUAUGCGCGCGCUGCGUAAGGUGAUCGACGGGUGUGCUUUCCGCGUGUACGGGCAUUGGGUCAAGAAGGGCGAGGGUCAAAACCGUGCAGCUCUCUUCGAAAACAUGCCCAAGACGGAGCUGAAAAGUCUCUACGUCAGCAACCUGAGCCGAUAGCCGAGACCGCGUGUGAAACAACUCUGCGCUGCUUCUGUGCUCCUGGUCACGAGGUUUGUUUUGUAGCAGCACCAUAGAGGACGUGAAGACACAGGAUACGCAAGACCCGUACAAGCGUGUGUGAUGUAGGUUAGUCGUAGAAUUGGCAAACUUUAUAGUAACUGUAUUACAAUAUGAAGGACAUCGUGUCAAUUGUGCAUAUAUUUUGAGCCAGUCUUCAAAUAAAAGCUUCAAAUAAUUAUUAUCGUUAUCGACAACAUAAUAUAUUGUACCUACGGUCCAUAGACACAAUGUCACUGUCAAUCGCUCGGCACAUAUAGCCUGGCAAAAAAGAGUUGAAAUUAACUAUCGCCAAUAUGGCAUGACGAAUACGUGAAACGUAAACGUAACCAUAGCAACAUAACCUUCAAAGCCGACAGAAUAAUCACAUGAAAACAUGUAAACAUUGUAAAAUAAAUACUUCAGAUCUACAUUUACGGUACACUAAAAUAAAUACAAACCUAUCAUCUCAGCCGUUCUUCGGCAAACAUUGUGCAGAUUCGACAACAACAUUUUGGCUUCGAAUUCUGCCAGACAUCUACACUAAUAUUAUAAUCUAUACUAAUAUUAUAAAGGUGAAGAGUUUGUUUGUUUGUUUGAUUGAACGCACUAAUCUCAGGAACUACUGGUCCGAUUAGAAAAAUUCUUCUAUUGUUAGAUAGCCUAUUUAUUGAGGAAGGCUAUAGGUUAUAUAUUUUCCCCCUACUCCUACUGGAUCGGAAACCACGCGGGUGAAACCGCGCGGCGUCAGCUAGUAUCUGACAGCAUAGACACUAACUAACAACUGACAAGUUGAACAGUGUUGUAAGAGGGAAAAAAAGUUAGUUCCGUUUCUACACAUUUUUGCCAAGCUGUUUGCAUUCUGGAUUCAUACAUAGAAUCCUUUUACAAAAAUCAAAUUAUUAAUAGUUCCUGUGUCCAUAUCAUAAGCAAAACUGGCCUCUUAAUAAACCACUCUCUCACUCACUCUCGAAAAAGUACAACAUGAGUUGUUAUUGAUAGACUGCCUGGAUACAUAAAAAAGAUCCUCAAACUAUAUGAACUGUAAACGGUGUCCUUUACCAUAAGUCCGUUCGUAUUGUAAAAUUAGUUACUCUGAACAGAUGUUGACGUAAAUAGUAAAAUAACGUAGUUAGCAAUCUCCCAACUGUAGCAAUAAAUGCAAAAACGCAAUAAUUUGUUACAAUUAUUGUGUUCUUGGUUCGAUCAAAGAUUUGACGUAGAUGUAAUCACUAGUUUUGUAUAGUGUUUUGUUAUAUUUAGAUUAAUUAUUGUUAUUGUAAUAUGUAUAAUUGUAUAUUCUUUAGUAUUAUUGAAUGUAAUUAUACCUACCUAUCAUAAGUAAUUCGUUAGUUUAAUGUUGGCACUACAUGAUCAGCUAUCACAAUAACCCUCAAUGAUGGCCCAGCAAGGGCUUUGGACGUCGUACAACAAAGUAUAGUAGGCCAGUUAUAAUGGCAAUACGUUUCUAGAUGUGGUGAAAAAUGUGGUAAAUGAAAAUUGACCUAAUUAGACCUGUUGCGAUGGUAACAUCCACCAUCUUUUUAUGCCAUUUUUAAUACUAACGGACGCCCGCGACUUCGCCCUUGGAACUCUUUAAUCCAGCCUUUACUGUGUUAUCGCUGUAAAAAUGGAAUAACUUCUCCCGUUUUCCCAACAUUUCCCUUCACUGCUUUGCUCCUAUUGAUCAUAGCGUGAUGAAAAUACUAUUUGAUGGGUCAGCGAUAGUUCGUCGUGUAGUGGCGGCAUAACAUUCAUAUACGAAGCGCAGACAUCGCUAUAACUUGACUGUUGCGUAAACUGAGGUGAAUUACGCAGUACACUGACAUUUGAGACAGUGACUCAGUUGAAAAGAAACGACCUGCCUGGAUUCCAUUCUCAAUUCUGGUCAAUUUACGAAUUUAGUUGACAGACUAUCUGACAAGCGAUUUAGCGUUCCAAUACUUUUCCCUAACUAACCCCUAAAUGUUAAAGGUGUUCAUCUUAGAGUCAAAUUUAAAUUUCGUAAUGCGGGUUACAGACAUUCAGUUUUAACUCUUUCAGGCGCAGUAUAUAUUGAAGAUUUUUAUGUAAAUUAUUCCAAGUUAUCUUGAGGCUAUGUAGCUAACGAUAAUGACAAAGCAGCACCUCUUUUACAUGUUAAAAUCAUUAUUGGCGGUAGUUUAACAUUUUUUGUCAAUCGUGAAAUUAAAAAUUGCAUGCAAGUGAUAUUUUUCUGUGCUUGCGAUAAAAAAAUAUAUAUGAGUGCACACACUCCUCUCCACAAUAACAUAAAUAAUGAAUGUUAAUACCACCCGUUAUCGAGGAAUUUGUAACACUUACCUUUCUCAUGAUUCAAUCUAUAUAAUACCGCAACCGCAUGAAAAUCCGUUCUGUUGUAUUCGAGUUAAUCGCGAGCAGACAGACAACGCGCGCUUUAUUUUUUAAUACUACUAGUCGAUCCCGUGACUUUAACCGCGUUGUUCCUGUUCCUAUUCCCGUGAGAAUAUGGGUAUAAAACGUUUUACUGCAGCCCUACUCAAGUACUGUUUACCAACAAAUAAAUUAGAAAUGAAGGUAGAACUUAUUUAUUUUAAAUUAUGCAUUGUUUGUUUAUAAAAUGUUAUUCAAAAUAUAUUAACUAUAUCUAAUUGUUCUAAGCUUAUUAAUCAAAUUUAUUUUCAUUAUUUUAAGAACAAUUUAAUAAUAAUUAUUAUUAGUUGUGAAAUGACUAGUGAUUUAUACCCUCAUUUUUAAUUUGUUUGUUGGUAAACAGUACACAUCAAGUAUGGCUGUAGGUUAGUGGGAUAGUUAUUUUUCAAAAUAGGUUCAAUAGAUCCAGAAAUUGUCCCCUACAACAUCACAAACUUUACCUCUAUAUAAUAUUACUAUAUAUUAAAUAAGUUGUGUUGUCUGCGCUAAGGUAUCUUCAACCAACGUCUACGCUAGUGUACAGCCACAGGGGCUGUGAUAUUAAGCAUACUUGUACUCAGAUAUAAGAAAAAAUAAUGUAAAUUGUUAAUUAUUAUUAAUACUGUUUCACUUUGUGUUAUACGAGUACAAAAAAAUAUAAAAUAAAAUGUUAAAAAACUAAUUUUUCAAAAGUAGUGCAAAAACUUGUCGCCAGUAGUAUAUUUAUACAUAUUUUGAUUUGGAAUACAUUUGCUGGUAAAUCGUCUCUUAUUUUACAAAUUAAAUAUCGUUAAUCGUAAUGUAUCGCAUUACGACAAUUGUGUCGUAGUUUAAUGUGAAACGCACGGUUUGUCAUCCGUCUAAAAAUAAACGGUAUUUUUUAAAAUCAGCAAAGAGUUUUUAUGUCAGAACAAUCCCAAACAUUUUAUGAAUAAAAUUAACUUAUAAUAAGUAAAUAAACAUUUAAUUCUUUCAUUUUAAUAAUUUUGACAAUAAUAAACAACCUGUAAUAGAAACACAAAUAUAUUAAUUUACUUUAUUAGUAAUACUGACUGUUUUUGGUGCAUUUGCCUAAGAAAAGAAAAUUCGCUAUUUGAGAAAAAGUAAAAAUUAUGCCGUGCGUUUUUACUUUUCGCUGUAUUGUUUUAGUUUUCAAAUAUCAAAUAAUUAAUUUAUUAAUUCGACACCGCUAGAAGUUCCAAAGGUAGCGUAAAUCAAAUCAGUAUAAAGUCAUCAAAAUUUCAUCUAAUGGAAAACAAGUAUGCAAAUUCAUUUUCAGAAAGUGUGUUUCCUCGCAAAUAUUUUAUAAAACGUCGUAUGACAUGCGUGCGCUUUGAUAAUAAUUACUGCACUUAUAUCAUAAUGUACUAUUAUGACAUUGUGAAGUAGUGAUAUAACAAAUAUGUAAUUAUAUUAAAAAUUAAAAAGACAAUGGGUAAUAAUAAUUUCGGCACGAUUAAAUCAAGUUUGAAUAUAUAAGGAAAAAUUAUUUAACUGAUGUUUAUAUUUUUAUAAGCGUUGUAACAAAUUAAAAAUUGGUAAUUAAAUGGCCAUGCCGAAUGUAAUUAGUAUAUUUGUGAUUUUUUAGAUUUACAGUAUACAGUCAUAUUUUCUAUUAAAAAAGUUUUUAAAACAAUAGUAAAUUAACACCUUUCUGAGGAAUAAUAUUAUUAUUUAUUCUGUUGGAUAUUUUUAUUUGUACAUAAUAUCUGAUACCGAUAGAAAAAUGUAGGAGUAAUAAACUACUACCGCAAUUUAACUAGGCAACCUAUUUGCAAUGUGUUAUUGUGAAUAUUAUCUAUCAUUGCUUUCUUAUCCCCAAUAAAAUAUUUAAUAGGUAUAAAUAUUUAUUUUGCCGGAUCUCUGACCAAUAGAGUUGUUAAGACUUCAUAACUUUGCAUAUGCGAAUAUUUCUUAAUGCAUGAAACUUCAUAUUCACUCAAAUAUUGUCAAAAAAAUAUAUAGCGAAUGUAUAAAUAAAAUGCAUAUUUCUUUAUUAAUAAACAAUAGUGAUUUUAUAGCCCGAAAACUAAAAAAAAUAUACUAAAGCCAAACUCUAUGAGUACUCUUUACCAACAAACAAAUUAAAAAUGAGGUUAUAAAUCUCUAGUCAUUUAUAGUUAUUCAUAAAUUAAUGGAAAUAAAUUUGAAUAAUAAGCUUAAAACAAUAAGACAUAGUUAAUAUAUUUUAUAAAAAAAUACAAUACAUAAUUUAAAAUAAAAAAGUAAUGAAAUGACAUGUGUUUUCUACCCUCAUUUCUAAUUUGUUUGUUGGUAAACAGUACUCCUCGUGUAUGGCUAUAGUAUAGACACUCUUAUUGAUUUCAAUUAAUUUAUAUUUGCUGUUUGUAAUGUUUUUCCCUUACAUUUUUAUUUUCAAAGCCUUAACGUAGAAAUAGAAUUGAUAUGUAAGAAGGUUAGAGCGCCUGAACUAGUACUACAAAUAAUAUAAAUAUGUAUGUGUUUCAAAUUAUUGGGAAAACCCGAUUGCAUUGCUUACUUUGAAACAAAGCAUUCAGUUUAAAUCUUUUUUAAUUAGAAGGACCUAGAUUCGUGCGUUCAUAUUUUGUGCUUGUCUCUUGUCAACCAAUCACAAGGCAGCGUUUGAAAUUGGAACGCACUGUGAUUGGCAGGUUGCAAUCAUGAACGGUGGUUCAGAGUUUAAUAAAUUUAUUAAUGUAAAAUAUUUUAAGACGCGACAUACAUAUUUUGUAUCUUAUUGAGAAAACUAAAUUAUUAAUAAUUAAAAAAAAAUGUUUUUGGAUUAGUUUUGGUAAACACUGAACUCCUAACAUAUGUGAUUAUGUGAUUUUAUGUUUAUCUAUGUUUGCGAAUGAAAAAAAAUAAUACACAUUGAAAUUGAAUUAAA